GAGAUGACCCCGGCGCCAUUGUGGCACAACUCGGUCGUCCGCCUUCUCCUGCUCGGUACGCUGGACGACGGAAGCUCGCUGCGUAGACUGCGAGGCCAAACCGAUGUUCUCAAGGCCAUCGUCGACCAUCUCCGGGCGAUCUGGCGGGCGCAACUCAAGACCGACCAGCGCGGCUACGUCCAACUUGGCGAUGCCAUUAUAUCUUUUCACACGCCGCGCGAGACGCCGAUCCCAAACGUCCCUCAACGCAUUACGUUUCCACCGCCGCUCACGCACAUUGUCGAUAGCGAGACGCAGCCUCAGCCCUUCCAGGUCAACAUGAUGCCCUUCAUCAUUGGUCGAGCCGAGACGACACUGCCACCCGAGUGUCGGCGCUAUGCACCGCUGCUCAACCGAUGUCGCUACCACGACGAGUACGGUCAAGUAGGAUACCUCACGAUCCACGAAGGCAUCGUCGAGGCCGACACCUCCCAACGUCGCCCGGGACUCCACGUCGAAGCGCCGUCCGCUGCCAAGCUCCAGCGCUUUCUGGGCGCUGGCGAAGCGCACCACGAACGCUGGACCUCAACAUCCAAAUCUACGUACCUCUUUGUGCCGCACCCGGCGCUCGUGUAUCGCACAACACUUGUCGUGCACCCUGGCGAGCGCAUUUACUGUCCUACGUGGCAGAGUAUGGUCGAGAUCGUCAUGUGGGAAACGACGCUCCGAAACCGGACACUUGUGCACCAUGUGCGCCAAAAGAUCUCGGACAAAAUGGCCGCAAUCAAUAUGGGGCGGCUCGCGUUCUCCGUGUUCGGCACAGAAUAUCUCGUGAGCGCCGCCGAGACGGUCGCCGAUAUGCUGCUCGACGGCGUCAUGGACAAGGUCAUCCACAACAUUCUUGAGGCUGCAAUCGACCUUGUCAUUGGCGAGUUGGCUGCGACGGUGGACGGUGCACUUGCGGCGCGGGAAAACGCGGCGCUUCGCCACGCCCGCGCAGAGGCCCGUGGGACAAGGUUGACAUGGAAGAGGAUUCGCUUUACGAUGGAUUUGCUUGUCGAGCAGCGUCAAUUCAAGAUCGAGCGCGAUGCCACCAAUAGACUUGCUGUCGAUGACGCGGGCUUUUCGUAG